AUUGUUUUGCCUUGCCCUUUGUUGAGCAAAUUAUGGCGAAAUUUAAUAAAUUCUUGUUGAUAUACACGAAAAUUUCAUAUUCAACAGUAUCUACGGCUUAAAUACUUAUAAACAUUCAAGAACAAUGGAAGACUCGAGUUUUAGUGCAAAAUUAGAGUCAUAUUUCUUGGAGUUAGGACGAUGGAAGGUGUGGCGGAGUAUUAUUUUGGGACAAGUGUUAUCGCUCCUGUUGAGUGGCAAAUGUAUAUUAACAACACUUCUACAAAGCGCAACUUGGCAGUUUCCUACCACUGGACAGCUUGUGCUACCGUACAUAACACUUUUUAUUCUGUUUACACCAACAUUACUAUGUAACGGAUUAAAAAAAAUAUCCAAUGGUGUCGGUGCAGCACUAGUUGGUGGGGCAUGGCGUGGUCAAAGGCUUGGAGUGGCACAUGUUGCUGGGGCUACACUUGGCCUGAUGGCGGUUGUAUGUGUAGUGUGGGCUGAUGUUGAAGGUGCUCCCACAGAUGGUAAAAACCAGCUUGUUGGCGACAUGUUAUGCCUUGGAGGUUCUCUUCUCUAUGCUACUGUUACAGUGCUACAAGAAAUGAUGCUCAAAACACAAUCUUGCUCAGACUAUUUGGCCUUACUUGGCCUGAUUGGAAGCCUCGUCUCCUGCACUCAAACAUUUUUCUUGGAGUUCAGUGAACUUAUAACAUUCAACUGGUAUGAAUUGGAUACGAUAAUACAGCUCGGAAGCUACUGCUCAUUUCACGCGUUGUACUUCCUGUCGUAUUUGCUCGCGAUGGUGGGCGUGUUCCUGUUCAGUGCACGCCCCACUAGCGCGCCGCCACCGCCCGUCGCGUUACCUCAACUCGUGCACGACUCCGUGCAAUCACAGGACAACGUGUCUAUGUGA